AUGAACUCCCAGCCCCAGCCUCUGCAUGGCGGUGGCCCCUUUGAUCGCGACCGCGACCGCGAACUCGAGGAGCAAAGACAUCGCGCCAUCCAACAGGAGGAACUAGCACGACGAGAGAGAGACCGUGAUCAGACCCGCGAACGCGAGCGAGAACGGGAACGCGACGACGCCGAACGUCAGCACCGGGAACCCUAUCAGCCCGCCGCCACCCCUCACCACAGCAGUGCCGGAUCGAUCCCCAUCCACCAACCGGUUGCCUCUAGAGUUGCAACUACCAUCCAUAGCCCCGGCGGUUUGCUUGCCAAUCACGGAGGCUCUGCUCCUUCCAUGCCCAUUGGCGCACCCACGGGACCUGCUCCCGCUUUCGGCCCGCAGUUACAACAUGAACCCGGUCGGCAUCCUCCACACGGCGGGCCUGGCGCUGCGCCGACAACCCAACAUCAAAUGUUUGCCCCAAUGUCUCACGGCCCCGGCGGCCUAAAUAAUUCCCUAGGAGGGUCGGGCGGACCGGCGUCUCUCUUUGGCGGUCCUCUCCAGCAGGAGAACGGUCGGGGGUUACAGCAGGAUGGUGUGCGUGGCAUGCAACAAUUGCCCUUUGGCUCCAACAUGGGCGCUGGCCACCCCAUGCCUUCUGGCCCUAGUGGAAUGCCCCAAGGUCAACAGCCGAUUCUUAACGACGCUCUGAGCUAUCUCGAUCAGGUCAAGGUCCAGUUCCAUGAGCAACCAGACGUAUACAAUAAGUUCUUGGACAUUAUGAAGGAUUUCAAGAGCCAAACCAUAAAUACUCCCGGGGUUAUCACAAGAGUUUCCGAGCUAUUCGCGGGCCAUCCAAACCUAAUCCAGGGCUUUAACACAUUCCUGCCACCCGGCUACCGCAUCGAGUGCGGCUUGGAGAACAACCCGAAUAGUAUUCGCGUUACGACACCUCAAGGCUCCACCUCGUUCUCGAUCGGUGGAAGUCGCGCGCCACAACUCGAACCUACACAACCAACAUCAGGUCCUGGUCAGGCCUUCCUAAGUGCACGACCAGGGAAUUGGCCGCCAUCAACUGUGCAGCACAGCAUUGAGAGCCCUGAGGUGGCGUAUAGCGUGCCUGCACAAAAUGGCCCUGCUGGAUUCCCUGGUUCUAACCAGAAUGCACCCUUCGAGAAUGCCAGUCCGAUUCAGCAGAGAUCCGUCCCAGCCGGCCAGAACGGAGCUGUUGGCACCCAUGCUGGGCCAGCGCCUAGAAAUGCGCAUACGCCCACACCAACGGUGGCCGGCCAGCCCAACUCAAACGGCAGCGUGGCUCAUCAAGCAAUCAUCGAAAAACGGGGACCGGUUGAGUUUAACCAUGCAAUUAGCUAUGUUAACAAGAUCAAAGUGAGUGCAUUCCCGUUGGCCGGCGGCGGCUUAAGUGGGAGCAGUUUUCGUGGCAAGGAUGGGGCUGGGAAGCCUUUGUGGAGACUGUCGUCUGAACUUGACAUGGAACUUGAGUGCGAACUCGAACUGACUCUUUUGCAGAAUCGCUUCCAGGACAAACCCGAAAUCUACAAGCAAUUUCUCGAAAUUCUGCAAACCUACCAGCGCGAACAAAAACCGAUCCAAGACGUCUACUCUCAAGUGACCACUUUAUUUCACGCGGCGCCCGACCUGCUCGAGGAUUUUAAGCAAUUUCUUCCCGAAUCGGCCGCGCAAACGCGACCGGCCGGCCAGCAGCGCCCGGAAGACAGCGCGGCGAUGGCGGUUACUACGCCAACUCCUCAACCAGGCCUUCCUGCCCGUGAUCAACAGCCCAAGAUGCCACCGGUCGGCAAUUUUGCGCCUCCGCCGAGCGCCAGCAAGGAGAGCAAGAAGCGUCCUCGUGUGGAGAAGGCCGUUCCCACCACCGCACCUCCCGCAUCCGAGCAGCCGCCCGUCUCGAGUUUGCGAUCAACCAUUCAGCCGGCGGCACCCACCAACAAGCGAGCCAAAUUAUCACACAAGCCCGUCGUCGGCGAUGGCAACUUCGUCGAACCUACAUUGAUUCCCGUCAUGCCGGAACCGCUUGGCCCGAUCCCGCUUUCGACAUCCGGCCAGGAUGAUGUACAAUUCUUCGAGAGGGUCAAGAAGCACAUUGGCAAUAGGACUGCGAUGGGCGAGUUUAUGAAACUCAUCAACCUGUGGAAUCUUGACCUGAUCGAGAAGGAUGUGUUGAUCUACAAAGCAAACCACUUCAUGGGUGGAAACCCCGAAUUGCUCAUUACCCUCAGAAACAUGCUUAGGCACACCGGCACGGAAGAGGUCGUUGAGAACCGGCCUGAACCACCGCCAGGCAAGGUUUCCUUGAGCAACUGUCGUGGUUUCGGUCCCAGCUAUCGCCUUCUCCCUAGGCGGGAACGUCUCCGCCCUUGCAGCGGUCGCGACGAACUGUGCAAUUCGGUCCUCAACGAUGGCUGGGCCUCACACCCGACGUGGGCUUCGGAAGAUUCGGGCUUCGUUGCGCAUCGCAAGAACGGUUACGAAGAGGGACUCCAUCGCAUCGAAGAGGAGCGACACGACUACGACUUUUACAUCGAAGCCAACCAAAAGUGCAUCCAGCUCCUGGAGCCGAUCGCCCAACAAAUGCUUACGCUUACCCCUGCGGAGCGGCAACAUUUCAAGAUGCCUGCGGGUCUUGGUGGGCAGAGUACUUCGAUCUACAAGCGCGUGUUGAAGAAAAUCUAUGGGCCAGAGAAGGGCUGCGAGGUCGCCAACGAAAUGUUUAAGAACCCUUUCGCCGUUGUGCCUAUAGUGAUGGCUCGCCUGAAGCAAAAGGAUGAGGAGUGGAGAUUUACACAGCGCGAAUGGGAGAAAGUUUGGCAGAGCCAAACCGAAACGAUGCAUCUCAAGAGCCUGGACCACAUGGGUAUUCAGGUCAAGACGAACGACAAGCGCAAUCUUUCCGCCAAGCAUCUGGUCGAUGUUAUCAAGACCAAGCACGAAGAACAACGCCGACUGCGAGCGACUAAGGCGAAGAUACCUCGUUACCAGUUCCUGUACGGGUUCCAAGACCAGGAUCUUCUCCUUGACCUCCUUCGCUUCAUGGUCAUUUAUGCGAAUGUUGGCGGCCAGCACAACGCCCUUGAGAGGAGACGCAUCUUGGAGUUCUUUGAGACAUUCAUCCCGGCAUUCUUUGACCUUCCGGAGGACAAGGUACAAGAGAGAAUUGCCGAUAUCGACCAAGAUUCUGGAGAAGAGGAUGAAGAAGACUCCGCGCCCGCUGAGCUCACCAAUGGCAGGACGCGACGCGGUAAGAAGUCCGAUCUACUUCGCGGCGUCCUUGACCCGGGCCGUAAUGGCAGUCGCAGCCGGGGCCAGAAGGAAGACAGCGCAGCAACAGGAAGCAAGGAGACGACACCGGAUGUUGGGUCUGCAAAUGAGGAGGAGAUGCCGGAUGCACCAGAAGACCGGGCUGUCCCCGAGGUCUCAAAUGACCGCUGGUUGCCAACAAUUGGUCCCAUCGUCUUGGAGAACACCAAGGACGGCAAGCCUGAUGGACUUGUCGAUGUCGAUGGUGAACUGAAGGCGGACGCGCCCUUUGCCCGUGCCUGGUACAACUUUUACUGCAACCAGAACAUGUAUGUGUUCUUCACUGUUUUCCAGACGCUGUAUAAGCGCCUCGAGGACGUCAAGGCCAGCAAAGACAGUGUCCUUGAGGAGAUCCGCCGGGAGACUGCUGUUAAGCCCGCAAAGAUCCUUGGCAUGGUCAACCCAGGUCUGCACUAUUUUGACGACAAGAACCCGGAGACAUUCUGGCCUCGUACCGUUGAGCUGAUUGAGGAUUUCAUCAACGGCGAGAUUGACGAGAGCCGGUAUCAAGACGUGCUCCGGCACUACUAUCUUCGCAAGGGAUGGACAAUUUACACAAUCCAAGAUCUGCUCAAAACACUUUGCCGCAUUGGUCUUGCCUGCAACAACCCAGACGCUAAGGGCGAGAAGACCAAGGAGCUCGUGAGAGCGUACUUGGAGAGUCGUCAGCAGGAGACUACCAGCUUCCAGAACGAGAUCAGCGCUCGUAAAUUUGCGGAGAAGUGCAUCAAGGAUGCCGAUAUGUUCGUCAUCAGCUGGUAUCCGGGCAAGAAGGAAGCUUCCGUCCGCUGGUUGAAGAAGGAAGACACCACCUUCUACAUGGACGAGAUGGAGCGCAUCCAACAAUGGCAAUACUAUAUCUCUUCUUACAUGCGUCAAGAGCCCACGGAAGGAGUAGAUUCCAAGCAACUCCAGAGGGUAUUCCUCUCCCGCAACCACGCCGCCGCAACGGAGGGUAUAUCCGAAGAGGAUUAUAAACCCAAGCCACUUGCAUAUGACGAGGGCCUGGUGAUUAGGAUUUGCCUCAACUCGUCCAAGAUGGUGUUUGAGAAAUUCACUUCGGAGUGGUUCAUCUACAACACCACCAGCUUCGACUCGGAAGAGGACAGGGUUUUCCAUGAGGAGAAGCAGGCGUUCCAGAGAGAGCUGCGCGAUGAACGCCUAAAGGAGAAAUUUGUUACGAAUAACUCGUGGAUGAAAGGCCUGAGCCACGAGGAAGUCCAGGCAGCCAAGGACGAGUUUCAGAAGUGGAAAGAAGGCGGUAUCGGUAUGGUCGAGUCGCAGCAGCAGCAACAGCAGCAGCAGCCCCCACAACUGCCACAAGCCCAGCAGUAGUAUUGUGGUCAUGGACGUCCUUGGGAAUUGGGAGAGGAUAGGGUGAGUGACGGAUGUUUAUGUGGUGGGUCUAGUCGUUUCAUCUCCUUUCUGCAGGAGAAAUACGCUCUGAGUUGC